ACUUGCCAUGCCACAUGCCAUGCUGUUCAAGGACAGUGGAGAGGGUUGUGUGACUGAGAAUGAUGAACUGUCCAGCCUCCCUUGCUUUGGCCAUUCUGUUGACCAUUCAAGGUGUAUGUGGUCAGGGGUGGAAUGUCACUUACCAACCUGAGAGCAUCUGUGCUUUUGUGGGAGCUUCAGUGAACAUGUCCUGUUCUUACACCUACCCCAGUUACUUGACCAUCAAACAUACGUACUGGUCAAAAGAGAGCAGUCCGAAUCCUCCUGAUCUCAUGGUCAACCCAGACUACAGAGACAGAGCCACCAUAGGCUGUCAGCAAGGAGCUAACAUAUGUCAUUUACAUAUUGAAUCAUUAACCAUGUUAGACACAGGCAAAUAUUACUGCAGUAUAACAACAAAGACAUUAGGCAAGAAAUUGAUUGGAGCGACAGGAGUCUACCUGGACAUCAAAAAUACCCCACUGACGUCAGUGUCCAUCAGUCCCUCUGGUGACAUACAGGAAGGCACGGAGGUGAGACUGACCUGCAACAGCAGUUCUGAUCGACCAGUGCAGAGCCACUGGUACAAGGAUGAUUUAUCUACAACACCUGUGCACCUGGAGACAGGUCAUACAUACACCGUCAAACACUUCAGACAAGAACACAGUGGAAGAUAUUUCUGUUAUUCAACAUUCAAAUGUGGCUACGCAUACUCACCUAGUGUGUACCUCCAGGUUGUCUAUUCCCCAAAGAAUACAACAGUUUCAUUGUCAUAUCUUGUCUCCACUGCUGUGAUAACAGUCUCUGUCUGUGGAGCUGUGGGACUCUUCUGUUUGGUUUUCUUCAUGAGCAAGACUUGGAAGAAAGAAGCAACACGUACAAGGCAAGAACGGAGCAUGAACCCCAGCACCACCCAACCUGAUGCAGUUUACCAGAGCCUGAACCCCAAUACCACUCAACCUGAUGCAGUUUACCAGAGCCUGAACUCCAACACCACCCAACCUGAUGCAGACUACCAGAGCCUGAACCCCAAUAACACUCAACCUGAUGCAGUCUACCAGAACCUGAACCUCAACACCACACAACUUGAUGCAGUUUACCAGAGCCUGAACCCCAACACCACUCCACCCAAUGCAUUGACUAGAGCUUGGUCACCAACACCACCCAACACGAGACAGUUUACCAAAUUCUAAAUGCAAAUAUCUCUUAAAGGGGUAUUCUGCCAAUUUGUCACAUAAAACAAUUGGUUUUACCUGAUUUGAGUUGCUACAGCCAACAGCUAAAGCAGCCAGGCAGCUACAGCGCUACACUCUGGGAGCAUGAACAUGCUGCUACACUCUGGAGUUGGCCUCCAGAGUGUAGCAGUGUAGCUUCCUGGAACCUCUAACUCAGUAAACUAGCAACGUGUGUAAAGUAAUACCAAUGGUUAUUUUUAUGUUUUUAUUUUGUUUUUAUCAACAGUACUCAGUGACCUAGAGAAAAAGAGAUAUGUGAAAAAUAUUCUUUUAUACUGAGCUCUCUUUCCCAUUUGAAAUGAAUCAUCCAUGAACUUACAAUACAAUGAAAAAUACUUACAGAUUUUACAGUGAUACCAUCUACAUUGCAAUUAUUUCAGUGCAUGAAAAUGCACUGUACGGCUCUUCCUAAAGAACUUAUUUUUUCUUAUUCCAAUCAAUUUGUUUGUAUAUUUCAGCUCCAACGAUUAAAGAUACACAACAAUCAACAAUUAAAGAUACACACUUCAAAAAACGUUCAAACACGUUUGUGUAGGUCUUCAAAAGGACAUUUCCGCAAUGUUUUUUUUUUAUUUCUGAAAACAUUUUCAUUGAAAUAUUUGCCAUAAAUGUGUGAAAAUAUACCAUUAUAAAAGAAUGGUGGGACCUUCAUGGCUUUAACAUAGUGCCAUCAUAAUGCUGCGUUCUCAAUGGUCCCUUUUCUCUCUCCUAGCUCCUGGAAUGGGACACAUCGUAUGUGAGUCUUGCUCCGUUCAACCACAUUAUGGGCUUGCGAAGUAGGAAUAUUACACCUUCACCUUACAAUCAUCGAGUUGCUAGUUUAUGGGAAUACAUGCGAGUCACACUGCUCUGUCUGGCAUUUUGUUUUUGUUAUUUUUUUAAAUAAUUUUCAUAAUUUAAUGUAAUGUUUUGUUUGAUUUUUUGUAUGUAUGACGGAAGCCAGAGAUGGAAAAGGAAUGGCACCAUGAAUGAGGAUCAGUCGCUGUUGAAAUCUGAUCUGCGGGCUAGUUUUCUCGCAUCUGUCUGACCAGAGAAAUAUCCCAGGACAGCUGACCAGAGCUUGUAAAGCUCUAAAGACGGUCUAGCAUUGAAGAGUCAAGGACUGUUGAAGAGCAUCGAGUGGCAGCGCGGCAGUUGGACUGUUCAACAUCAUCAUGCUGAUGCUAUGUGUUGUGACAUGCAGAGUGGCCAUUACCCAUGAACUUCUGAUUUAUUAAUUGCUCAUUUGUUUGUUACAUGUACUGUGUGUUAUGUGUGAAUUAAGUAGGCCAAAUAAUGGGUUUUCUGGCAUCUCUUGCCGCUCUGUCUGGCAAUCUGUGUGUGUGUGUGUGUGUGUGUGGAGCGCUUUGUGCUGCAUGAAAAAUGUGCUAUGUAAAUAAAAA